UGCCGCGGCAAGUCAGAUCACUACCUACAGGUGCUCGAGAUAGGAGAGCGGGACAGACCGAGGCCAGCCCAGCCAGCCGGGUGGGCCUGGAAGAAGAUGGAUAAGAAAAGGGUGGAAGCCGAGUCGAGGCUGCUUUACAAGGCUGUCGGGCUCACAGACCUGGGCCCGAACGGGCUGGUGGCCAGGAUCUGGACCACGGAGAGCCUCAGCAAAGGCCUGGUCCCCUGGCUAAGCUGGGUCGCCGAGAAAAGCACUUUCCGGAAGAAGGUGAACUGCGGCUACAGCUCUCGCUGGUGGACUAUGGAGGUGGAACAAGCCGCUCGGGAGGCAAGGAGAGCCGAAAGACUGGCCAAGGUGGCCCGCGCAGACUACUACUGGAGGAACUCAAUGAGAGGCUCAAGGAGCUUGCCAGAAUAACCCACGAGGCACGAACGUGGGCCUGGAGGAGCGGCCUCCAAGCGGCGGCGAGGUGAAAAAGCCAGACAAGAUGUGGAACUUCGAAAAGUGGGCUAGGCUACGGAGC